AUGGCGUUCGGGCUCCUGCGAUGGCUUUUCGCUGCCGUAGUCGCUGCGCUGCGGUUCGCGUUGCGCGGUGUCCGCAGCGACCCCUUCAACGUGGCAGCCGAAGGCCAGUUGUCGGCGCCAGCCAACACCUUCGACGCAGCUGAGGAGCCCGACGUCGAACUACUAAUCAGAUUGAACAAGCACAACAAGAGAGCCCUACAGUACCUGCGAAAUGCCAUCGCAUACGAUGAGGAGAAUGGCGAUCUCAAGGAACUGGCCAUCGGGCUCUACCGCAACGGCAGUGAGCAACUCCAGAAGGGUAUUUCUAUUGACUUCUCCCAAGGACAAGGUCCUACCUGGGAGUGGGCAAAUACCCUGAAGGAGAAGAUGAGGGCCAACCUUGAGAUCGCCCAGGACAGGCUCGACUUUCUAGAAACAAUGGUGAAGAUACAACACCUCGGUGAUCAUCUGCCCUGGCAUGCGGGCGUGGCCCGGCGCCAGGCCACACCAAAGCGGCGGCAGUGGGAAAAGGUAGCCCGGAAAGGCGCCGUCAAUAGUGAUGACGGCCCCUCGUGGCUAAAGAGGGCCAUGAACGGCGUCAGAAUGACCAGCCAGGCAAGAGGGGCAUGCCUCUGUUUCGGGAAGGGCGCCGUGCCCCCUCCUUACCCCCCUUGGCCCGUGCCUGCCCGGCGGAGGCUCCUUCCGUGGCAAAUAAGAGAGGCGAGUGUCGUAUCAGCGCUGAAGGGUGCCGACUCUCAGCUGGCGCACAUCAUCCUGGAGGAGAUCGUGGAUGGCUGUCCCGAGGUGCUGUUCAGCGACAUUGCUGGCCAGAAAGAGGCCAAGCAGCUCCACACUGGUAGUGAAGAGCGGAUUCUCGUAAUGGGUGCCACAAGCAGUUCUCAAGAGUUGGAUGCUUCUGCACUAAGGCAUUUUAAGAAGUGGGUGUAUGUCACGCGUCUGGACGUGAACACGCGGAUGGUACUCCCAGAAAAGCUGCUCA